UUCUUUUAUUUCUUUACACAGCCAUCCAGGAUAAGAAUUGUGAGGGAGAAGAAGAAAGAAACCAAACUCUCAAUCUCACAUUGAGCAAGAUCCAAGUGGUGUGUAGAAAGAUGGAGAAAGAAAUGAAAAAGAGAUCCAAAGUCAAAACAUUCACUGAUUUUGAUGCGGAUCGUCAAGCGGGCCCUCCGAUAGUAAGAGCACUUGUUGUGGACAAUGAUGAGCACAUUCGAAAGAUUCAUGAAGAUAUUUUGAAAACACUUGGUGUGGAAACUUGUUCAGUGGAAACUGGCCAAGAAGCCUUAGAAAUAAUUUCUUAUGAUCGGAUCUAUGACCUAAUUCUGAUUCGUAGGAUUUUGCCUGUCAUGGAUGGACUUAAGGUGACGGAGAUGCUGCGAAACAUGGAGUACCCUACAACGAUAAUUGGGGUGACGCAUCCGCUUACAGAAUUAGAAAAGGAAGAAUUUUAUAGUGCAGGGGUAGAUGGUUGCAUUGAUUAUGAGAUACCAUUGAGAGCUAAAACGGUUGAAACACUGGUUGCAAAUAUUAAUCCUCCCCGACCCUGGAAGAAAAGAGUUGAGUAUAAUGCAGUUUACAAUACUUUUUUCCGUCCUGAUUCAAAGUUUCGUCGUGGCCAGCUUUAUCAUUCAAGUUCUGGUCGUGGCUCAGGUUCAAGUUCUGGUCGUGGCUCAGGUUCAAGUUCUGGCCGUGGCUCAGGUUCAAGUUCUGGCCGUGGCUCAGGUUCAAGUUCUGGCCGUGGCUUAGGUUCAAGUUCUGGCCGUGGCUUAGGUUCAAGUUCUGGUCGUGGCUCAGGUUCAAGUUCUGGCCGUGGCUUAGGUUCAAGUUCUGGUCGUGGCUCAGGUUCAAGUUCUGGCCGUGGCUUAGGUUCAAGUUCUGGUCGUGGCUCAGGUUCAAGUGCUGGUCGUGGCUCAGGUUCAAGUUCUUGCAAAUAGUUGAUUCUGUGAAUUGCUUCAAUAAAGUUAGAAUGUGUUUUUACAAACAUGAAAUGGCAGCUGAUCUAUAUAUAGUUAUAUGCUUGUGUUAAUGAUGAAUGUAAAGACUAUACAAGUUGUUAUAUUAGUUUUUUCUAAAAUGUGAUA